GACGCUUCAAAGACAGAAAAGAAAGUUGGGCAAACAACAAAUAUGGUCUAUGGAAGCACAGUGAUUAAUAGUUCAACUGGUGAGUGGCUAACUCUUGAUCAAAAGGUAAACAGUUACCCAAGUCUUAGAAGGUUUACUGCAAUUGGACUAGGAGGGGAUGAUUUUGUUAAAUCUAUGGUACUUGCUGUGGAGUCUGUCAUACAGCAUUCGAUCCCACAGGACUAUGUCAGACAGAGAGUAUCGUCGGGAAGGAAAUAUGUUUCUGUGAAUAUUGGACCUGUUCGUGUUGUUUCUAGUGAUCAGGUUCGGGCUGUAUAUAGUGCUAUGAGGAGUGAUAAUCGGAUGAAAUUCUUUCUGUAAUGUACGUCAUUAGGUAACGAUUCUUUCAGUAAAUUUUAUAUCUAUUUUGUAUUUCUCACUCGAGUUGACGUUGCAA